AUGGGCGAGGCGGUCCUUCGACACGUCGCCAAAGAGCGUGGCAUCGACCUCACUGUUGACUCCGCAGGCACUUCACGGUAUCACAUAGGUGAGGAUCCCGACGAUCGCACGGUAGCAACGUGUCGGAAAUAUCAAGUCGCAAUCCAGCAUGCAGCACGCCAGGUCACUAAAGCAGACUUUCACAAUUUCACAUACAUACUUGCCGCGGAUGAGGCCAAUUUACGAAGUCUCGUCCAGAUGAAGCCUCACGACGCCUCCGCAGAAGUGAGACUAUGGGGUUCAUAUCUAGAUGACAAGCCGAUUGCGGAUCCAUACUAUGGAGGCUCAGCAAUGCAUAAACUUAUCGAAUGCGUUCCUGGAUGA